UCGAGUUCAGAUUGAAAGGCCGUUCUAUGCGUGACAUCUCUCUUUGGAAGAACGAUCACAUCCUCGCACUGCAUUACCCUACACCUGCUCAAUUUGCGUGGAUACAAACAUGGAAUCCGCAGUCACGACAUCGGUAGCACAUGAUGCCCUUCUAAGUCCCGUAUCCGGUAUCAGCAGAAGUCUCGCGAGCACACCCUCUGACACACAUUCGCAAACAUCAUGCGCGUCAGAGACGGUGUCGCAACCGCCACGUGUAAGCUCGGAAUGUGUUCAAAGCAAUGGAACUGCAAACCUUGGCGAUGUGACGAGCUGCACAGCUUGCACGCGCCUAUGUUCGGAGCAGCGAAGCGCAAAGCCUAGUCGAAAAACAGCUCCAGUAGGAGGCCUUGUUCUUGUACCACGACACGGUCAUAACUAUACUGACAGGAUCGCAGGCCACUGCGUCACGACCGCGCAGCCCGUCAACCCUCACAUCGCGCGAACUCGAGAAGAGCUUCCGGGCGUUAUCCUGUCACCACCGGAAACUACAGCAGAAACAUGUCGCCUUGAUGAAGGCCCACCAAGAGAAAAACGAGGAGAUCACACGCCUGAAUGCUAAGAUCUGUGCGUUGGAAAGCGAGCUCUACCUGACGCGACUCGCGUACAGUGAUGACUUUGCCUUUGAUCCCCUCCAGACCUCGCUGAACCAGUAUGAUAUUCGGCCGACGAGGGAUCCCACUCCCGGCAGGGAA